GCUCUGGGCCAGCUCCCUCCAUCCUUCCAAGCACAGCACCCUUCCCAGAGACCUGUCCAGACCUGCAGCUGCUCGGGGAUGACGGAGGAGGUGGGCACGGUCCGGGCGGAGGAUCCUUUGUUCUGCCACGACGACGGUUAACAAAAGUAUCCAUGGAGAACAGUGAAAACUCAGUGGAUUCAAAAUCCAUUAAAAAUUCAGAAACAAAGAUUUUACAUGGAAGCAAAUCAAUGGACUCUGGAAUAUCCUUGGACAAUAGUUACAAAAUGGAUUAUCCCGAAAUGGGUUUAUGUAUAAUAAUCAAUAAUAAGAACUUUCAUAAAAGUACUGGAAUGGCAGCUCGGUCUGGUACAGAUGUAGAUGCAGCAAACCUCAGGGAAACAUUCAUGAACUUGAAAUACGAAGUCAGGAAUAAAAAUGAUCUCACAUGGGAAGAAAUUGUAGAUUUGAUGCACAAUGUUUCUAAAGAAGAUCAUAGCAAAAGGAGCAGUUUUAUUUGUGUGCUUCUAAGCCAUGGUGAUGAAGGAAGAAUUUUUGGAACAAAUGGACCUGUUGACCUGAGAAUAUUAGCAAGUUUUUUCAGAGGGGAUUAUUGUAAAAGCCUAACUGGAAAACCCAAACUUUUCAUUAUUCAGGCCUGCCGAGGUACAGAAUUAGACUGUGGUAUCGAGACGGACAGUGUUGAGGAUGAUAUGGCCUGCCAGAAAAUACCAGUGGAGGCAGAUUUCCUGUACGCGUACUCCACCGCACCUGGUUACUAUUCGUGGCGAAAUUCAAAGGAUGGAUCCUGGUUCAUCCAGUCACUUUGUGCUAUGCUGAAAUUGUACGCUCCAAAGCUUGAGCUUAUGCACAUUCUUACUCGGGUUAACAGAAUGGUAGCAACAGAAUUUGAGUCCUUUUCCUUUGACCCUACUUUUCAUGCAAAGAAACAGAUUCCUUGUAUUGUGUCUAUGCUCACAAAAGAACUGUAUUUUUAUCACUGAAGAAAUGGAUGAUUUUUUUUAGUUUGUGUGUCUAGUGAGGAAUUAGUGUAACUGAUUGCUAUAUUUUUUCCCUCAUCUAAAUUUAAUCUAAUACUGAAGGUAGUACUUUGAAACAUGCCACUUUCAUAGCAAUAGAAUUACUAUGAAACUACCUCAAACUCAGAAUCAGGCAGUUGAAAUUGAAUUUAAUUAGGAAUAAAUAAAUGGAUACUAGUACAAUCGAGAGGAAGUGAUUGUAAAUUAACAGCUCUCAUAAUUAGCAAGUUUUAGUGAUGCUAUGCUUUGAAUUUUCAAGUAAUUAUGGAAAAAAUUAAGCAUUGUAAUAAUGAAUUUCAGUGAUAUUGAUACGUCAUCAUUUAAGAAUAUGCAUUCUAGUUUCCGUCAGCCUAUGGAAAUAAUGAUAUGGAAUAAUGUAUCCUAGACUUUAGGGAUCCAUGCGCAUGAUGAAGGGUUUGAAGACUUUGAUUUUAGAAUUUGGAGAUAAAACAACCGUAUUUUUAGAUCAUUUAUCUGAGUGUGUGGUUUUGUGUAUGAGUCCUGAGCAUGUCUUUGUUGUAAAAAAUCAUGUUUCAUAUUGAAAAAAGAAACUAAAUAUUGUCCUUGAAAAUGUGAGCAAACUCAGUUGACUCCUUUAAGGCAAAAUGGAACAUUAACACAGGGAGAUGGAGUUAGAACUAGGAGGUGCUGAAAGGCAGGUCACCCACCAGCAGAUAACAUCCUGUUUGUCCCUAUGCAAGCUGCUGAGCCUCACAUACCAGCAAAAUACCUGAGGUUUUAUGAGGUAAAAACCUCAAACUGUCGAUCAAAUUGAUAGCAUUGUGAGUUUAAAAACUUCUGUAGAAACAUUCUAAAAUAUAACUUACAGAUAAAUGGUGAAAUGGAAGGCAGAAAUAGUAAAUCAGCUAACUGGGCAGGCCGUAAUUAGACGGGGGUUGGAGCCUGAGCAGGUACACAGCACAGCCUAUGUGAUGAAGGCACCACCCUGGACCACAGCUUCCGGAAAAGGAUUGCUAAGUUCUUCCUAUCUUCUGGUGUGCAUGGAGGAUGUCCCCAAGGCAGGAAUCUGCAAGAAAGUGAACCAAAUUAGAAACUUCUGAAGUGGAAACUUUCCAAAGAUGGUGAGAGCCAUAAUAAAAACCAUCGUACCCUUUGUAGUGAAAUUUUGGAGCAUGUUACUUUCUCUUGAAGUUUAUGAUCAAAGGAAAAUGAUACUGUUAUAAUAAUACAUGGUUCUCUGAAAUGAAAUGACCCUGACAGACCGGACUUUAGAAAUCAUCCAGUCUUCCCUUGGUGCACAGGGAAAGUGAAGACCAGAGAGGAGAAGCAGCGCAGCACCCAGCGUGUGAGGCCAGGCGCCAUGCCUCCUCCCUCAGGGAGGUGGUGAGCCGUCACUGUGGUGGUUUCUCACUGGUGUUCAGUCUCACAUUUUACAUGAGCUUUCUUUUGCUCAGAGAAAGAAACUCACGUUUAUAAAAGAAACUCACUAUUUGUUUUGACUAUAUCUAACCUUUCC